UUGCGCUUCGCCCUGAAAUGUGUCAAUGAUUCCUUAAUUGUUUUGACUUGUUUCUUUAAUCAAUUAAUUAUAUUGCUUUUACUUGUGUGUUUUGCUAUCAUUUUCCAAUUUCACAACUGAGUUUUAUCAGCGACUCAAUUAGGGUGUUGGCUGGUUUUCCUGGUGUAUUGCAAAGCUCCACCCCACAAUUUCGUUUCUACAAAGUUCGGCAAGUAAAUAUAUGGAGAUGGUUUUCUCAAAUCUUCAACACCAACGAGGAAUCACCGAGCAGUUGCGUCGGGAAGCAGCGAUUAAGAGAAUGCCGAUCUCACAAGCGGUCAAAGACAUCAUAAAAUACAUCCAGGAACACGAACAAGACGAUUGUCUUUUGGUUGGUUUCUCCAGUCAACGUGUGAAUCCCUUUCGUGAAAAAACCCCUUGCUCAUUGCUUUAAAUGCAUGGGAGGGGGUGAGUAAUUAUCAAGUAUAUUUUUUGCUUUUCUCGUAUUUAUGGCUACAUUAAAGGAAGUGGGUACACAAAAAUAAUCAGGAUAAUUUGAAUACAGUUCAUGGCUUCUGUUCUCUUA